UCAAGCGGGGCAGCAUGUGCGUAACAACAUCGCGCACACUAGUCUAACGAACGAUACUUCACGACACUUGGCAUCAAGGUGGCACAAUGUAGAAACGUUCGCUUCGGCCGUCUUCGAUGUUCUCGCGGGAGCUCAACAAGUGUCUCGCAACAACGUGAUGCGCCCGGACGCGAUCGCUCGCGUUCCGCCGACCACUCUGUUUUCGUCGAGAAGCGUCAACGACACACGCGAUGCUGAUGAUGGUGGUGACGAUGAUGAUGAUGAGGAGGAGGAGGAGGAGGACGAUCCCACUCACUGUCUGGAAGCGUGUCUAAAAAAGUGCGACCAUCACGCGGAUCAUGAUUGCGAGAAGAAGUGUGGGCACUGCACAAAGAAGACCAGGCACAGGCAUCAGAUCAUCACGGAAUACGAGACGGAAUGCGUAUCGGGGAACUGCAGUCCGGCCAAUGAUGGGCUUAGGACUACCAACAUAACGACGAACAUCGGCAUUAACAAUAUCAUUAAUCCUUUCGGUAAUGGUAGUGGAAUCUUGGACAAUCGUACCGGACCAGGCUCCACAGGCUGCUGUCCGCCCGGUAGUCCCUGCCACCCUGGUAGUCCCCCCUGCCAUCCCGUACCUGGGGGUCCCUACCCGGUGCCCUAUCCAGGGUCGUAUCCAGGGUUGUAUCCAGGGCUCUAUCCAGGCUCCUAUCCGGGGUCCUAUCCGGGUUCCUAUCCAGGCUCCGUACCAUCGAUUCCUAUAGUACCUCAAGUCUCGUUAGUACCGCAAAUUACAUACGGAGUAGGAAUCGGAACUGCAGGUGGAUGCGCGUACAAUCAGUGGCUUUGCGUUCAACAAACGGGCGUCCAGGGAGUGCAGCUCCCAAGUGUGCCUGACUGCUCUGGAUGCGGCAAUCCUGUCUUACGCUACAAGUGUGAUGUAAAUUGUUACGCAACUUAUACCAACGCGGCAACUAAGUCACCUUGUAAGAGCCCGGACUGCGCCAGCGGUUCCACGUAAAAGUAUCUCUGGUCCAACCGAAGGUCCAACUUAUUAGGAAAGGAACAGAGAAUAUUUUAUUGAUAGUUUGUAUUGUUUAUAUUUAUGCAAGCCCAGCUAACAGUGGUGGACUCGAUAAGAGAUUGUAGCCGUGUAGCCCUAGAUUUACCGUGAAACAGUCCCUCACGUACUAUUCGCUGAAAUAAUUUCCUAUGUAACGGUCAGUUUUUCAACAUUAACUUAUGAAAUAAAGCAACAUUAUUUUUCUUUUAUAAAAA